AUGGGUCACAUGAUGCUGGGCCUCCUCAAUGUGGAGGGUGUGGUGGUGGACUCAUCUAUUGCAGAUGCAGGACAGUGGGAGAUAAGGCUGGUGAACGGUACAAGUCACUGCAAUGGAAUGGUUGAAUUUCUCCAUAAUGGCCAAUGGGGCACCAUUUGUGAUGACGAUUGGGGCAUUGAGGAAGCCACAGUUGUGUGCCGACAGCUAAGAUGUGGACCUGCAAUAUCAGCCACACUUGAAGCACAAUUUGGGGGGGAAACGGGACCCAUCUGGCUGGAUGAGGUCCGAUGCUCAGGGACGGAACCAGAACUCAGUCAGUGUCCUGCAAGCAACUGGGGAGAGCACGACUGCACACAUGAGGAAGAUGCUGGUGUUGUCUGCUCAGUGGAAAUCAAGUUGUUGGACGGCUCACAUCACUGCCGUGGAAGAGUUGAAUUGCUGCAUAAUGGCCAGUGGGGCACAGUAUGCGGUCACUACUGGGGCCUUGAGGAUGCCAGAGUUGUAUGCCGGCAGUUGGCCUGCGGCGAUGCAGAAUCAGCCCUACAGGCUGCCGAAUUUGGAAGUGGCACUGGCCCUAUCUGGCUGGAUGAUGUCAGAUGCACAGGGACAGAAUCCAACCUCUAUCAAUGCCCUAAAAUGCCAUGGGGAGAACAUGAUUGCAAACAUGAGGAGGAUGCAGGUGUUGUGUGCUCAGACCCCCUGGAAAUCAGGCUGGUAGGAGGUUCAAGUCACUGCAGCGGAAGGGUUGAAGUGCUCCUUCAUGGCCAGUGGGGCAAAGUUUGUGGUCAUGGCUGGGACGUGGAGGAUGCCAGAGUUGUAUGCCGGCAGUUGGGCUGCGGAGAUGCAAGAUCAGCUCUGCGGAAUGCAGAAUUUGGAAGAGGCACUGGCCCCACCUGGCUGAAUGAUGUCCGAUGCAUGGGGACAGAAUCAACUCUCAGUCAAUGCCCAGCAAGGUCUUGGGGGGCACUGAAAUGCAAUGAUCUAAAUGUUGCUGCGGUUGUAUGCUCAGAGCUCCGUCUCAUAAAUGGCUUGAGUAACUGCUCUGGACGGAUUGAGGUGUUUCACAACCAGCUGUGGGGGUCCGUUUGUGGCGCUGGCUGGGAUUUACAGGAUGCCAACGUUGUAUGUGGAGAAAUGGGAUGUGGAAAUGCCUUAAGAGUGCGAAGUGAAGCUUGGUUUGGCCAAGCAUCUGGUCCCAUUUGGCUGGGGAGAGUUAAUUGUACAGGAGAAGAAACAUCCCUCUAUGAAUGCCCUAGAGGUCCCUGGGGAGAGCACAACUGCAGCCACAGCCAGGAUGCAAGUGUGGAGUGCUCAGAACCACCAGAAGUCAGAUUGGUGAACGGCUCAAGCUUUUGUUCUGGAAGGGUGGAGGUGCUUCACAACCAGCAGUGGUGGACACUGCGUUCUCAUUUCUGGAAUCUGCAUGGUGCCCAAGUGCUGUGCAGGGAAGUUGGCUGUGGAUCUGCAUUGUCAGCCCAGGAAGGACCUCACUUCGGAAUAGGACAUGGCCCCUUCUUGCUGGAAGAUAUUGUCUGUACUGGGGGAGAAUCUGCUCUCAGAUACUGUCGAAUAAAGUACAUACAGGGAGCAAAAAGAAUAGAUGCUGAAGACCAUUGGGAAGAUGUUGGUGUUGUGUGCUCAGAGAUCCGCCUAGUGAAUGGCCCAAGUCGCUGCUCUGGGCGGGUUGAGGUGUUUCACAACCAGCAGUGGGGGACUGUGUGUGAUGCUGGCUGGGAUUUACAGGAUGCCCAUGUUGUGUGCAGAGAACUGAGCUGCGGAAAUGCCUCUCAAGCAUUUGGUGGAGCCUUGUUUGGCCAAGGAUCUGGUCCCAUCUGGCUGGCGGGAGUCAACUGUACGGGAGAAGAAGCAUCCCAUACCAAAUGCCCGAGAAGGUCAUGGGCAGAGCACAGAUGUGAUCACAGCCAGGAUGCAAGUGUGGCGUGUUCAGACCCCCAAAUAAUCAGAUUGGUGAAUGGAACAAGUCCCUGCUCCGGAAGAGUUGAGGUGUUCCACAACCAGCAGUGGUUGACCAUGUGUGAUGAGGGAUGGGACCUGAACAGCGCCAAAGUUGUCUGCCGAGAAAUUGGCUGCAGCCCUCCCUUGUCAGUCCCAAGAGGAGCUCAUUUUGGAAGAGGACAUGGUCCUGCCUGGUUAACUGGUGUCCAUUGUCAGGGAACAGAAGCCACGUUCAAGGAGUGCACCCCAAACAACUGGCAAGCAAAAGACUGCAGCCAUGGAGAAGGUGCUGCUGUUGUGUGCUCAGAGGAUAUCAGAUUCGUGAAUGGUACAAGCCCUUGCUCUGGAAGAGUUGAGGUGUUCCACGGCUCGGAGUGGGGGACUGUGUGUGAUGAUGGUUGGAAUCUGAGCAGCGCCCAAGUCGUGUGCAGGCAACUUGGAUGUGGGGAAGCCUUGUCGGUCAAAGAAGCAGCUCACUUUGGCAGAGGCAAUGACCCCAUCUGGCUGGAUGAGGUCAGAUGCGAGGGGACAGAAGCUACCCUCCACCACUGCCCCCUACAGCCUUGGGGAGAACAUGACUGCAAGCACGAAGAAGAUGCUGGCGUUGUAUGCUCAGAGAUCAGAUUGGUGAACGGUACAAACAGCUGCUCUGGAAGAGUUGAGGUGCUCCACAACUGGCAGUGGCUGGCUGUGUGUGAUGAUGGAUGGAAUCUGACCAGUGCCCAAGUUGUAUGUAGAGAGCUUGGAUGUGGUGAAGCCUUGCUGACUGCAGGAGGAGCUCACUUUGGAAGAGGAAAUGGUCCCACCUGGUUGUCUGGUGUCAGUUGUCAGGGGACAGAAGCUGCCUUCAAGGACUGUGACUUACAGUGGAGAACACAUGAUUGCAGCCAUGGAGAAGUUGCCCAUGUUGUGUGCUCAGAGCUCCGCCUAGUGAAUGGCCCAAGUCGCUGCUCUGGGAGGAUCGAGGUGCUGCACAACCGCCAGUGGGGGACUGUGUGUGAUGCUGGUUGGGAUUUGCAGGAUGCUCACAUUGUGUGCAGGGAACUGGGCUGUGGAAAUGCCUCCAAAGCAUUAAGUGGAGCAUGGUUUGGACAAGGAUCUGGUCCCAUCUGGCUGGAGGGAGUCAACUGCACUGGGGAAGAAGCUUCCCUGAACGACUGCCCCCAAAUUCUCUGGGGAGAGCACAGCUGCAACCACAGCCAGGAUGCCAGUGUGGAGUGCUCAGCUUUUACAGGGGACGCAUCUGUCGAGGGCAACAUCUGCCUGGGAGUGUCUGGCUUGGUCUUGCUUGUCUUGGUGCUGAUCGUGGCUGAGGCUGUGUACAGCUGGAGGAGAGGGCAGCUUUAAGUAGCCCUGACUGAACCAUUUCAAUGGCCAAGACCCUGUCCUCAUGCACGCAAGGACGCUCCAAGCAAAAUCCCAAGAACCAGCUCUGUUUGCAAAUAAUGCCAAGGCUUUCUGUUUUUGCUCACCUCUUCUCAAUUUUAUUCCAUGUGAAGAAACUAAGAAUCUUUGUGUAGAGAGAAAUGUCCUCAUGUGACGGCUCCCUGCCUAACCCUUCAGAUCUACAACUGGAAGAAAAUGUAAAUAGUCAAAGACAUCCUGGUUGUAGGUUCUCCUAAUUGUCCCAUUUGACUCCUGCUCAGUGCCGGAUUUACAUGUAAGCUAAACAAGCUAUAGCUUAGAGCCCCACUCUCUUGCCCCUCCCAACAAAAAUAUGAAUAAAAAAUCAUUUAAUCAUUAUUUCACUAUUAAUAUACAGUGGUGCCUCGCUUAACAAACGCCCCGUAAGACAAAAUUUUCGCUUAAAGAAAGGAUUUUUCUAGCGGAGGUUGCCUCGCUAGACAAAUUCGUUUUACGAAAAAUUCGUCUAGCGAAUCACGGUU